CAAUCCCUUCCCCUCUGGCCACGCCCCCUCGCUGUCAGUCACGUGGGGGGGCGGUCCCCUGUGCCGGUGUCCCGGCUCGUAGCGACCGCGAUGCCGGCGACCGUGGCCGUGGUGGGGGGCGGCAUCAGCGGCCUGGCCGCCUGCUUCCACCUGGCCCGCAGCCCCCGCCCCCCCAAGGUUGUGCUGCUGGAGGCCGGUUCCCGGUUGGGGGGGUGGCUCCAGAGCUCCCGGGACCCCGAUGGAACCGUCUUCGAGCACGGACCCCGCGGCGUGAGGCCGGCGGGGGCGGCGGGGGCUGAGACCCUCAGCUUGAUCUCGGAGCUCGGCUUGGAGGGUGACAUCCUGCCCGUCCCCGGGGACCAUCCGGCGUCCCGGAAUCGCUUCCUCUACGUGGGGGGGGCUCUGCACCGGCUGCCCUCGGCGCUGCGGGCGCUGCUGCGGCCGGUGCCCCCGUUCUCGCGGGCGCUGCUCUGGAGCGCCGUGCAGGAUCUGGUGACGCCGGCCGGGACGGAGCCCGACGAGAGCAUCCACGCCUUCACCCAGCGCCGCUUUGGCCGCGAGAUGGCCGACAUCGCCGUGGACAGCUUGUGCCGGGGGGUGUUUGCCGGCGACUGCCGUACGCUCAGCGUCCGCUCCUGCCUCCCCGCGCUCUUUGAUGCCGAGCGCCGCCGCGGUUCCGUGCUGCUCGGCCUGGCGUUGGGCUCCGGGCCGGAGCGCGGGACACCGUCGGAGCUGUGCCGCCGGGCCCGUGCCGAGCGCUGGAGCCAAUGGUCGCUGCGCGGCGGGAUGGAGGCGCUGCCCGAGGCCAUGGCCGCCUUCCUGCGCGCCCGCGGCGUCCAACUGCGCUGCCACGCGGCACUGCGACGCCUGCGGCCGCACCGCUGCGGCCGAUGGGAGCUCGUCCUGCCUGACGGUUCGGUGACGGCUGACCACAUAGUCUGCGCUCUGCCGGCAGCAGCUCUGGCUGCAGCGCUGCCGGACGAGGCCGAGCCGUUGGCCCGCGACCUGCGCGCCAUCCCGGCCGUCUCGGUGGCUGUGGUCAACCUGCAGUACCGCGGCGUCACCUUACCCGUCACGGGGUUCGGACACUUGGUCCCCUCUUCCGAGGAUCCGGCGCUCCUCGGCAUCGUCUACGACUCCGUCGCGUUCCCGGAACACGACGGCACAGCCGGAUCCGUGCGGCUGACGGUGAUGUUGGGGGGCGCGUGGUUCGAGAGCAGCCUGGGCGCGGCGGCGGCUCCGGCGAUGCUGCGGCAGCGGGCGCAGGCGGCUGUGCGGGACCACCUGGGGCUGCGGCACGAGCCCACCCACGCCAUCGUCCGCGUGCACCGGGCAUGUAUCCCCCAGUACACUGUGGGCCACUGGCAGCGCACAGAGCGCAUCGCCCGCUUCGUGGCCGAGCGGCGCCUUCCCUUCAGCCUCAUCGGAGCCUCCUACGCCGGUGUCUCCGUCAACGACUGCAUCGCCAGCGCCAAAGCGGCCGUGGGGCGGUUACUGGGGGGGCUGAGCUGACCCCGAACCCCCCUGAACCCCCUUUUUCCCGGUUCCCGCAGACGCCCCCCCCCCCCACACCGCUCUAGGACA